AAAAUAUUGGAAGAAACGAAUCAGACAGGAUACUUCCUUUUAAGAUGUGGAUUGAUUUUCCAAUAUCUCUAACGCCAUACUACGAGAUAACUUUUAUUAUAGAGACGUUAUCGCUGUAUCAAAUCGGUGUGUGUUAUUUUUGCUUCGAUAAUUUCCUGUUCAUCAUGAACCUCCACGCGGUUACACAAUUCCGUAUACUACAGCACAGACUGGCAAACAUGGAGAAUCUGAAUGAGGAAGAAUAUGAUCGGAAGAAGUGCCAAUCACCUUUUACAAAAAAAUCUUAUGUUACAUUGAAAAGUUACAUUCAACAACACCAGUCAUUAAUUGCUUACUGCCAGAAGCUGGAAAAAGUAUUUAGCAUGAUCGCGUUAGGGCAAGUUCUUAUUCUCAGUCUGUUAAUUUGCUGUGAUGGAUGUCAAGUGCUUAUGGCAGAUGCACACAGUGAGAAACGUUUCAUUUUUGUGUUCCACUUGGCCGGCUGCUUAGGCCAACUGUUGAUGUUCACCUACAGUUGCGACGGUAUAAUGCACGCAAGCCAGAACGUGGCGAGAGGAGCAUACGAAACACCAUGGCAAAAUCUCACCAUGGAUAAGUAUGGAAACAGGAUGCGGAAGGAUAUAGUGUUUGUCAUCGCUAGAUCCAGAGUACCUUGCUGCUUAACAGCCCAAGGGUUCUUUGAAGUCUCUUUGGGAACAUACACUAGUGUUCUGAAUACGGCGGUCUCGUAUUUUACACUGUUGAAACACACUAUGGAAAGUACAGACAAUGACUGA